GAUGCCGGAACUACGGAAUUUACAACCCACACUAUCGAAUCGCUUAAACAAUUCUGUUUUGAACAAAUAAAAAAAUACGAGAUUUACUACGAAACAAAUGGGACCCAAACUGAGUCGGUCGUAGACAGGAUUGGAAAAGUUGUCUGCCCAAAUAAUUGUUCGAAUAAUGGAGUCUGCACUGCAGGUGUAUGUAUAUGCAGUGCUUCAUUCGUUGGUUUUGAUUGUUCACACACCAAAUCAACUCCUCCCACCAAUACUUCCUUACCGGAAAAUGGCUUGUGCACAACCAGCAAAAGAGCAUGCGCAAAAACAAACAUUUACGGUUACUUUUUAGAGGAAAAUAUCCAUGUGAAAUUUAAUUUCUUUGAGAUAACAGAUUCAGGAAAAUCAGCAGUGCUAUCUACACACACAACAAUUGGUACAUAUAUUGGGCUAACUAUCAUAAAGGCAGACUUUCCUAUUAAUUCACGUAGGAAAAGAUCAUCAUCUGCAAAUGUUUACGGCAAUGGAUUUGAUAUCAAUCUCUCCUAUGACGGCGUCAAUUAUGGUGACACAAUGACCCUUAUCAUAUAUAAUGAUGAGUGCUUCAACUGUAAUGCAUCAACAUUCGAAUGCACUUUGAAGCAAUCUUGUCCAACAACAACAGCAACAACAACAGAGCAAACCACAACUGGUGCCAGAAGUACAGGGUCAUCAACUGUUCAGAUUCCACCCACAAAACAAGGAGGUGGACGGAGGCAGCCACCAGAAAAACCAGAAUCUAAUGAAGAAGAAAAUGUCCAUUUGGGUUUGAUAAUUACACUAAUUGUACUCUCCCUCCUUAUUCUGGCUGUCGUCAGCGCUCUACUGUAUAUGAAGUUGCGACCCUCAAGGAAAUCGAGUCCAAUGACCUAUGGCACCAGCACUGUUGAAUGUAGUCAACCACCUCGUCAACAUUACGAAACCAUAUCACAGGGUCGCCCUCCAUCCCCGCCUCCUAGGUAUGACACAAUUACCGGUAGUCCUCUUCAAGGCAGCAACAAAACUACUGAACCACCAGAGUCUCGUCCACAAACAGCUUCUGGUAUUCACGUGGACUUUACAAACAAGGCUUACAGCAAUCAAUAA